AUGGCGAAUUCGUUGCAUUCUUCUGAUGGAAACCACGCCCUUCUUCAAGAAGGCGUCGUCGAGAAGCCGGAGCCGGCUGUUGCAGAGGCUCAAGAAAUCCCCAAGAAGCACGAGGGAGGCCAGGUGCAAUGUGAGCUCAAAAUACAGGUGAUUGACGAUACGGCGCUAAUCGAGCAUUCCGCCGCCGCGAAUACGACGAAGGAGGUUGUUAAAGUGGAGAAGAAGCCCAAGCGUAGGGUGCGCAAGUCGAGGAAGAAGAAGGACGCUUUGGAGAGAGCCGCCGGCGAGAAGAAGGGGAAGGAGAGUACUAGUCCGGCGGCGAUGUAUUCGAGGAAGGAGAUGGAGGCGCUGAGGUUUGAGUGUCUGGAGGAUCAGAAGAGGAAGUGGAUUGAGGUGUAUUGCGCUCUUGGUCCGUCCGUGGCGGAGGAGUACGACGCUCUCGUCGAUUCUGCUAAUAAUCAUCAUAAGAACUGCGUCGCCAAUUUGAACUUCGAUCCUAGGCCUCCGAUCCAGAAUUCUGCUAAUUUGUUUGCCGUGGCUGCAAUGGUGAAGGCAAACCCUCUGGUGAUCUCCGCCCAUUGAAGAGUCUCCCCCCAAGCCCCCCGACUUUUUCUGUAAGUACCAACACCGAGAACAUUAUAUACUGCAGUAUAUUACAUGUAUAUGUGUAUGUAUACUUAGCUGCUUAGACCUGUAGUAGUAUCGUCAUUUACUUGUAUAUAAAUAGCUCUUUGCAAUUAGGACUUAGAAUUGUUGUUGAUCACUGUAUUGUACUGUACAGCCUUACUAUAAUAACUGCAACCCAACCCAACCCCUCUUUAGAAAAGAGCAUUGUGCAUUUGUACAUGUUAGGGGGUGAUAUAAGACAUCUACAACUGCCAUAGGUUGUUAUUGUACGUAUGGUUGAAACUGUAUUGUAUUGUGUUGUGUUUCUUGAAUAAACAACUUACAUGUACGUUGUUAUCAA